AUGAGCGUCUCGGGGCCGCUCUACCGCCGCACGCCGCGGCUCUUCAAUCGCAACAAGCCGGGAGAGUGGAGUCUGGUCUGGUGCGAGCUCGUCCUGGAGCGAGGCGAGCUGCUCGUGUCACUGGACCGCGAUGGCCGAAGCCGCAUCUCCUCCAUCCCCGUCAAAGAGUGCGAACUGGCGCACGUCCGAAGUGACGGUCGCGACUGCAUCGAACUGACCAUCAACCGAGGCAAGAAGGAGACGUUCUCAUCCCACGAAUCCAGCCACGACGUGGAUUGGUGGAUGACGACGUUGAUUGCAGUGAAAAGAGACCUGGAACGUGGUGUAAAGCCCCAGAUCUCACUAGUGACACCUCCGAUAUCAGGGCCAACGACCAGACCCAAGCACAUGCGCCGUCCAUCGUCGCAAUUGAGUCUGAAUCUGAACUUGGCGGCUAAUGCAGCGGUAGGUGCGACCUUGAGUGGACGACCGACAUUAAGACGACGCAAGCCGGCACUGGCCACAUGUGAGACGCUGUUCGAGCGCUUCACCAUCUACGAGACGCCGUCAACGUACUACGUCGUGUGCUCAGACCGUCACUACUCUCGCUUCCGGAUGCUCGAACUGAAUCGGAUGGUGGAUCAACCCAAGAAGUUGCGUGAAGUGCUGGAGGAGGAUAAAAGAAUCUACGACUGGGAGCAGAUGGAAGCUCAACUACAGGCCUUGGCGGAGCUGGCCAGAGUGCGAGGCACGGGAAACCUCGUGAGGGCGUUCACGGCUGUGGCGAUUGUUGGAUGCAUCCGAUUCCUGCGUGGCUACUACUUCAUCUUCGUCACGCAGCGACGCAAGAUUGGCAACAUCGGCGGCAACUCGAUCUACGGCAUUUCAGCCACACAACAGCUCAAUUUGAGUCCCCCAGAAGAAGACCAAAGCCCGUGGAACCGACUCAAUCGAUGGUUUAAUCCCAGUCCAGAAGAAGAAGCUGAAGCGCGGUACCUUGGACUCUUUCACUUCUUAGAUCUCACCAAGGAUUUCUACUUCAGUUACUCGUACGGCAUCACGCACACACUACAGCACAACAUGACUACGGAACACUCGGAGCCAGCGGAGAUGUUCACGUGGAAUUACUAUUUGACUCAAGAACUGCGAACCUGUUUGAGUGGCGGAGCAGCAGCUGAUCUAGUCGUGCCGCUUGUAUUGGGCUGCUAUGAACAGCGUAAAUGCUCAGUGUUUGGACGUCUCGUGAGCAUCGUAUUGCUCGCCCGUCGUUCCCGACACUUUGCCGGCACUCGCUACUUGAAACGCGGUGUGGCUGACACUGGCAAAGCAGCUAACGACGUCGAAACGGAGCAGAUCAUCGAGGACGAGAGCAUGGGACCCGGUAAAUUUAGCUCGUUUGUGCAGCAUCGUGGGUCCAUUCCAGUGUUUUGGUCGCAGGAGACAUCUGCUACACUCCCAAAGCCGCCUAUUGUGCUGAACCGUGUUGAUCCGACGUACACAGCGACUCAGAAACACUUUGCGGACCUGUUCUCGCGCUAUGGCUCGCCUAUUGUAGCACUCAAUCUCGUCAAGCAGUCGGAGAAGAAAGAGCGUGAAGUUAUCGUCGGCAACGAGUACAUGAACGCAGUGGAAUAUCUCAACAGCUUCAUGCCUGCAAGGCAUCGUGUGCGCUACGUGGCAUUGGAUUACUCGCGACUGUCAGGUCCUAAGCAGAAGGGUCUUAACGUGCUGCAUUCACUGGAUAAAGUGGCAGUCUGGGCUCUCACACAGACGGGGCUCUUUUGCAGUGCCCCCAAGCGACAGAUUAGCCAGAACGGCAAUCGACGCACGGCUCAGACUUUCUCUCCGAGUCCUCCAUCGGAGCCGUGGGAUGCAUUCAUCUCGUCAAGUAACCUGCAACCAAUGGGAGAGAAUAGUGACGAACUAGCGUCUACGGAGCCGCCACCAUCGCCCACUAUCACGAGAAACUCUGGCGAUUGGCUGGAACAACGAGGUAUCCUGCGAACAAACUGUAUCGACUGUCUGGAUCGCACGAACGUGAGUCAGUUUAGCGUUGGCAUGCGAGCACUGGGCCAACAACUUUACGUGAUGGGUAUCAAGAACACGCCUCUCUUGGAAAGUCGAUCGCAGCUGGUUCUGGUUUUGAUGAAGCUUUAUUCUCUCAUGGGCGAUGCUAUCUCGAUGCAAUACGGUGGCUCUGAAGCCCACAAGAACGUGAAGAACAGCGCCGCACGAGAAAACGUCAAGCACCGCGAACUCCUCACGUCGAUUCGACGGUACUACAGCAACUCGUUCACCGAUACAGCCAAGCAGGAUGCCAUCAACAUAUUCCUUGGUCACUUUGUCCCUAGUGAGGACUCGCCUCCGUUGUGGGAAUUAGAUUCCGACUACUAUCUCCACAACUUUGAGGUGCGGAAUGGCAUGGCUGCGUGCGAGAAUGUGCGACGCAACAUUGCUUUCCAUGCGGACAAUAAGCGCAAGGCGUUCGGCGAUCUCUAUGGGAUAGCACCAAUGCAGUUAUCGUGCUGCUCGUCGUCGGAACUCUUGGACGAUGUUAGUGAAGGGACCAGUGACAGCGACGACAAUGAACCUUCGACUGAACGUGUCGUGGCCUUGGCAGUACGAGAUCAGUCGAAGCGUGACGCCUACAUCCGCGAGUGCAGAAGAGUCCUGGAUGACUGGUGGAAGGAACCGCUGGAAUGCUUUGAACGACCAAAGUAUUGUCUGCCUCCAGUGGAGGAGAAGGCCUCUUGUGUGUGUGACCAGAUUGCUCGCAAGGGGAGCAAAAAUAAUCUCUACACUGGCUCGACUGAAGCUGCCAAGCCAGCUGGUGCUGGAAACCGGAAAGCGUCACCUCGAACUCCAUAUUCGGAUGACUUCUUGCACAUGUAUCAUCCGGAAGAACUGACAACGUUUGACAAGGUGCUGGGGUACAAGUUCAUGCUUCCGAUGGAGAUCUCGGACGAGGUGAAUGAAAAGGACAAGCGUCGGUCUGAGAGUGCUGUUGUAGCCCAUUUGACGUCUGCUCCGUCGUCAUCGUCGAUAUCUGGAUUAGCUCGUGUUGAUGAGGAAAACCUCUCGGACUAUGACUCAAGUCGGCAAGGACUGACGAAGAAAGAGAACCGGUCCCAUCGCAGUAUGAGCGCUCCUGACAUCGGUGAAGAAGUUGGCUAUUCGCCUCAGUCUACACGCAGAGGUCGUGAUAGUGGGCAUGAGUGCAAGAGUGGUCAUCAAGAGGAUCAUACCAGUAUAAGUGGAUCGGAGUCACGUCGGGCCUCUCGAGCAGCGUUAGCGGAAGCCAUCAACAAGUACGGAGGACAUGGAUCUGCGACAUUGAAGGCGGUUGUGAAGCGUAAAGAUGACCAGAUCAGCAUCGACGACUAUGUGCUGAGCCGAGGACGUCGCAAAUUCGUCGGUGAUUGCUCUACACCUGCGCCAGACCCUAUCUACCAACAAUACGUGCUAGGAAAGGACUCACCACAAAUAUGGGAAACUGACAACGAGAGUGUGAAGAUGUACUUCGAGACAUACAUGCGCGAUAAUCGCAUCAGUCCGGACGAUGCUCGGAGUCUUCGUGAGGCUCAAGCACGUGCUGGUGCUACAUUCAAACUGCAAGUUGGUUCGUACACAGGUCUAGAGCAAAGCGUGAAAGCUCGCGUCUUAGUAUCAAAGAAGCUGAAAACCGAGCCCGAAGACCGAAAGAUGUUCGAAGACACUUUGGAUCUUAAGAAACUUGUGAAAAUUGGAGAAGCAUCUGUUCCUGCUGAGAGCUUGGAGCUGUACAAGACUUUCUUCGACGAGGAGCUACCCAGUGUGGAGAUCUACCAGCCAGCGAAGGAAGCUAAGGAGUUCAAGCCUUCAGUGCCUGAGUCUGACGAUCUAUCGCGUCCAGUCCCCAAACGAUGCACCUCAGCCACCGCGCUGUCGUCCAAACUCGCACAGAGCAUCCAACGACUAUCUGUCAAGAAGACACGCACGCGGUUCAGCAAUGGAGACCUCAUUUCUGUCGGUCCACUGUUUAAGAUGGACGGAGGGAAAGAUCGAGACUUCAUCAUCUUCAACGAAGCUGCUGCGGAGAAUUCUUUCGGCGAAGUGACUCGCAACGAGACGGAGCUGUCGUUCUACUCCAAGUAA